CCGAACCUUCCAUUUCUUGCACAACCAACGCCUUGCUAAGCCCGCCCAAAUAACCACUUCAAGAUGUCGCAAAUCCACUCCUUGUCCGACGACCAGGUGCGCGACUUUCCAUACUCAAACUUGCCAAGAGCUCGUUCCUACUUUACCAACGGAACUUGCUAACAUUCGACCUCCCGCCCCUCAUGCAGGUCGGACAAGAGCUGCGCAAGAUGACAGCCUUCAUCAAGCAAGAAGCCACCGAAAAGGCGCGCGAGAUUGAGAUCAAGGCGAACGAGGAGUUCGCCAUCGAGAAGUCCAAGCUGGUGCGCCAAGAGACGGACGCCAUCGACACGGCGUACCAAAAGAAGUUCAAGCAGGCGACCAUGUCGCAGCAGAUCACGCGGUCGACCGUGGCCAACAAGACGCGGCUGCGCGUGCUGAGUGCCCGCCAGCAGCUGCUGGACGACAUCUUCACGGCCGCCUCGGGGCGGCUCGGCGAGGCAAGCCAGGACAAGGGGCGUUACGAGGGCGUACUCAAGGGCCUGGUCCUGGAGGGGUUCUACGCCAUGAACGAGCCGGAGCUGCAGAUCCGCGCGCGCAAGGCCGAUUACGAGGUUGUGCGUAGGGCGAUCGACGCGGCGGCUGCAGAGUACAAGGAGAAACUUGACAAAGAGGUUACGGCGAUGAUUGAUGAGGAGAAUAACGUGCCGGAUGGGAGGUAAGGAUUACUUGAGCGUUUGUGAAGAGCUUGCCGUGGACCGAGCGCUAAUGUGCAUUAACCUGCGUCUAGCGCCGGCGGUAUUGUGAUUGUUGGCGGGAACGGUAAGAUUGAAAUCGACAACACGUUCGAGGCUAGGUUGGAACUGCUCAAGGAGAGCGCC